AUGGUCGUAACCACACGUAACCCUAACGUUGCGUUGCUCUGUAGCCCAGGCAUGGGCCAUCUCAUUCCAAUGCUUGAGCUUGGAAAAUCUCUAAUUUCGCAACAUGGCUUCGACGCCACUGUCUUCGUCGUGACCACUGAUUCUUCGACCACACGUUCACAGAUAAUCCAGCAAACUUCAAACCCUAAUAGUGAUGGUCUAAACGUCGUCGUACUCCCACCUGUAGAUCUCUCCGGCAAACUCGGACCAAACUCAUCACAUGUCGGAGCUCGAAUCAGGUUAACAAUGGCAGAGUCACUCCCAUUUCUUCGCUCUGCUAUUCUAUCCAUGAAAGUUCGCCCUUCAGCACUCAUCGUUGAUUUGUUCGGUACUGAUACUUUCGCCAUGGCACGUGACCUUGAGAUGCUCACGUACGUGUUCUUCACUUCUUGUGCUUGGGUUCUUGCUCUUGCUGUGCAUGUUCCUGUCAUCGAAAAGAAGCUUCUAGACCGGCACGUGAAACACCAUGAACCGCUUCCUGUUCCGGGAUGUAAACCGGUUCGGUUUGAGGACAACAUGGAACCGAUAUUGUUUAAAGAUGAAGUACCAACGGAGCAUGAGUUGUUCGUACAGAUAGGACUGAACAUAAGCAACGCCGAUGGAGUUCUGGUGAAUACUUGGGAAGAUCUCGAACCCAAAGCGGUUCAAGCUUUGAGAGGUGGGAUGAUUAAGGGAAAGAUUUAUCCGGUCGGACCGCUCGUGAGAGGCGUUGAUCAUAGCCGGACUAAGAAGGAGCAUCAAGUUUUGAGUUGGCUGGACCGGCAACCUGCCGGGUCUGUUAUUUUCGUGUCAUUUGGGAGUGGUGGGACCAUGUCAGAAGCACAAAUGGAAGAAAUAGCUUCUGGUUUGGAGUUAAGUGAACAGAGAUUCAUUUGGGUGGUUCGUCCUCCACAUAAAGAAGACAACGCUACGGGCCAUGGUUCAUUCUUCAAGAUCGGGAAAAACAUGGACAACUCGCUAAAGAAAUUCACAAGUAGGACCCACGAGUCGGGACUGGUGGUCCCCAUGUGGGCUCCACAGUCGGAGAUUCUAGAACAUUCUUCUGUCGGAGCAUUCAUGACGCACUGUGGAUGGAACUCAACACUUGAGGCGAUCACCAACGGUGUGCCGAUGAUAGCGUGGCCGUUGUACGCGGAACAAAAGAUGAAUGCGGCGGCGUUGACGGAGGAGCUUGGCGUGGCGGUGAGGGUGAAGGGCGGGAAUAAGGGAGAGGUGGUUGAGAGGAAAGAAAUACAGAGGCUGAUAAGAAGAGUGAUGGUGGAAGAAGAAGGUGUGGACAUCAAAGAAAGGGUUAAAGAACUUAAACGUAGUGCAAAAAUGGCUUUAUCGGAAACUGGAUCAUCUUUUAACUCUCUUCAUCAAUUGGCCUGCCAUUGCAAGGUUCAUAUGUGAGAGCAAUUAAAAAUCUCAAGUUAUGGACAUGGAUUUCAAUUA